UGAUGAUCUCAGAAGACAGUGCUGCAGUUGAAGCUCCAGCAGCGCCGGACUCGGGAGGAACUGGUGAGCCAAGGGAUCAUGCCGCCUUUGAAAAGUCCAGCUGCAUUUCAUGAGCAGAGAAGGAGCUUGGAGCGGGCCAGGACAGAGGACUACCUGAAGCGGAAGAUUCGUUCCCGGCCGGAGAGAUCGGAGCUGGUCAGGAUGCACAUUUUGGAAGAGACCUCGGCCGAGCCUUCCCUGCAGGCCAAGCAGCUGAAGCUGAAAAGAGCCAGGCUGGCCGAUGACCUCAACGAGAAGAUUGCGCAGAGGCCUGGCCCCAUGGAGCUGGUGGAGAAGAAUAUCCUGCCCGUGGAGUCUAGCCUGAAGGAAGCCAUCAUUGUGGGCCAGGUGAACUACCCGAAAGUAGCAGACAGCUCCUCCUUCGAUGAGGACAGCAGCGACGCCUUAUCUCCUGAGCAGCCUGCCAGCCAUGAGUCCCAGUCGGUGCCGUCGCCCCUGGAAGCCCGAGUCAGCGAGCCGCUGCCCAGUGCCGCCUCUGUGUCCCCCGCUCAGGUCUUGUCUCAACUCCCCGUGGGCCCAGAGUCUGCAGAAACCGUCUUCCUGGCGGAGCAGCCUCCGCCGCCGCCCAUCCUCGCCAAUGGAACCACGGUCGCCACCGCCAAGCCCCUCCCCACGCUCAUUAAGCAAAGCCAACCCAAGUCUGCCGGUGAGAAGUCGCAGCGCAGCAAGAAGGCCAAGGAGCUGAAGCCGAAGGUGAAGAAGCUCAAGUAUCACCAGUACAUCCCCCCGGACCAGAAGCAGGACAAGGGGGCGCCCCCCAUGGACUCCUCCUACGCCAGGAUCCUGCAGCAGCAGCAGCUCUUCCUGCAGCUCCAGAUCCUCAAUCAGCAGCAGCAGCAGCACUACAACUACCAGACCAUCCUGCCCGCCCCGCCCAAGCCAGCAGGGGAGGCUCUGGGAAGCGGUGGGGCCCCCCUGACGCGCAGCCUUUCCGCUACCAGCAGCAGCUCCGGCUCGGGCGCCCCUGGGCCCAGUGGGCUGGUACGUCAGAACAGCACCUCGUUGACUGGCAAGCCGGGGGCCCUGCCUGCCAACCUGGACGACAUGAAGGUGGCAGAGCUGAAGCAGGAGCUGAAGUUGCGGUCACUGCCCGUCUCGGGCACCAAGACAGACCUGAUUGAGCGCCUGCGCGCCUACCAGGAGCAAGUCAGUCCCACCGCUGGAGCACCCAAGGCCCCCGCCGCUGCCUCCAUCCUGCCCAAGGCUGGCGAGGUGGUGGUAGCCUUCCCCGCGGCCCGGCUAAGCACAGGGCCCACCCUGGUGGCAGCGGGCCUGGCCCCGGCUGAGGUGGUGGUGGCCACGGUGGCCAGCAAUGGAGUGGUGAAGUUUGGCAGCACGGGCUCCACACCCCCUGUGUCUCCCACCCCCUCAGAGCGUUCACUGCUCAGCACAGGCGACGAGAACUCCACGCCCGGGGACACCUUUGGCGAGAUGGUGACGUCGCCAGUGACCCAGCUCACCCUGCAGGCCUCGCCGCUGCAGAUCCUUGUAAAGGAGGAGGGCCCCCGCGCUGGGUCCUGCUGUCUCAGCCCUGGGAUGCGGGCAGAGCUGGAGGGGCGUGACAAGGACCAGAUGCUUCAGGAAAAGGACAAGCAGAUCGAGGAGCUGACCCGCAUGCUCCGGCAGAAGCAGCAGCUGGUGGAGUGGCUCAGGCUGCAGCUGGAGCAGGAGAAGCGGGCCCAGCAGCCCACGCCAGCCCCGGCCCCGGCCCCGGCCACGCUUGGUGCCGCAGUGAAGCAGGAGAACAGCCUUGCCAGCUGCCAGCUGAGCAGGCAGCCCCCGGGCCCUGAUCACCCCUUCGGCCCCAGCCUCGCGGGCCCCGCUGCCCACCAUGUAGACACUUGUACCCUGGUGCCCUCGGCCGUGGUGGUGAAGCAGGAAGCUGUGCUGCCCGAGCCUGAACCAGUCCCGGCCCAGGUCACUCUUGGCCCCUCAGUGAAGCAGGAGAACAGCCUUGCCAGCUGCCAGCGGAGCAGGCAGCCCCCGGGCCCUGAUCACCCCUUCGGCCCCAGCCUCGCGGGCCCCGCUGCCCACCAUGUAGACACUUGUACCCUGGUGCCCCCGGCCGUGGUGGUGAAGCAGGAAGCCGUGCUGCCCGAGCCUGAACCAGCCCUGGCCCCGCAGCUGCUUCUGGGCCCACAGGGCCCCAGCCUCAUCAAGGGGGUCACACCUCCCACGCUCCUCACUGACUCCACAGGGACCCACCUUGUCCUCACCGUGACCAAUAAGAAUGCAGACGGCCCUGGCCUGGCCAGCGGGAGCCCCCAACAGAGAGGCCAGCUGUCCCCCACCAAGGUGACAUUGGCAGCUGGCUCCCUGCUGCUGCCACCCUCGCAGCCCAGACCCUCAACUCAGCCUGGUCCAAAGCUCUUGUCCCAGCCUGGCUCUCCAGCCCCUGGCCCCCCAGGCCAGAGGGACCUGGAGCACCCGCCACAGCCCCUUUUUGGGCCCCGCACUUCUCUGCCGAAGAAGGAGCCACCUGGCUAUGAGGAAGCUGUGAGCCAGCAGCCCAGACAGCAGGAAAAUGGUUCCUCAAGCCAGCAGAUGGAUGACCUGUUUGACAUUCUGAUUCAGAGUGGAGGUAAAGUCCAGACCCGCCACUCUGCUCCUCGACCUCCUCCUCUCUUCACAGAGAUCUCAGCAGAUUUCAAGGAGCCAGGGAAAGAGAAGUCCCCCCUGACAGCAGCCUGCGGGUCACCCCUGGCCACACAGCCGUCACCGUCCACCGAGCUCCCUCAGGCUGUCCCGCCUCCAUCCGGCUCGCCGGCCCUCCCUGGGCGCCUAGAGGAUUUCCUGGAGAGCAGCACAGGGCUGCCCCUGCUGACCGGCGGGCACGAGGGGCCAGAGCCCCUCUCCCUCAUCGACGACCUCCACAGCCAGAUGCUGAGCAGCUCUGCCAUCCUGGACCACCCCCCCUCCCCCAUGGACACUUCGGAAUUGCACUUUGCGCCUGAGCCCAGUGGCGUGGGCCUGGACCUGGCCGAUGGCCACCUGGACGGCAUGGACUGGCUGGAGCUGUCGUCGGGCGGGCCGGUGCUCAGCCUGGCCCCGCUCAGCACCACAGCCCCCAGCCUCUUCUCCACAGACUUCCUCGACGGCCACGACUUGCAGCUACACUGGGAUUCCUGCUUGUAGCUCUGGGGGCUGCAGAGCCGGGGGCUGGGAGGGCUGGAAAGUCGGAGACCUCGGGAACUCCAGGGAGCUCAGGGCUCUCCUGCCUGAUGCAGCCUCUCCACGUGGUCGUGAGUCCUGACAAUCACAGGCCCUGCUUUCCCCUCCGUGGGAGGCCGGAGGAGGGUGUCCCCACACCUGGCUCUGGCUCAUCAAGGAGAAGAGCUUCCAAGAAGCAGCUCUGGGUCCCACCCUGGGGUUUCGGAGGCCUGGAUGGGCCAGGGGCUUCUAUUUGACCUCCUUUUGUGAGGUCGGGGUGCACUUGCCUGCUGCAGUUUGCUCAGGAGGCGAGGCUGAGGCAGGGCAAGGGGUGCAUGUCCUUCCUUCUCUCCCCCUUCCCUGCAAAGGAAGGAACUGGCUGGGCCUCUACCUCACCACCCUCGUGAUGCCAACACCACUGACCCAGGCUUCCCGGGCGGGGGCGGGGGGGGGGGGGCUCCCUGCCAUCUUAGUGUCUUGGUGUAGUGUGACCAUUUAGUGGUUGGUGGCAAACAUUUUCUGUACAGGUGUAUAUACCUCUAUAUUAUAUAUCGCCAUACAUAUAUACACAUAUAUCUUGGGGGGGGAGGGAGGUGAAUGCAGCCCCCCGCCCCCGUUCUGCUCUGUGCACACGGAAGGGCCUGCAGCCACCGCUCCUGGGGCUGAACACAGCUUACCCGGGCCCCACCCAUCACCUGUAUUUGACGUGUAGACGCCUCAUCACAGCCUGUGCCGCACCUGUCCUGCUUCCUGCUCAUCAGUGCCAUGAGGGCGGAGGUGCUUCCUGGCCACCUGCCCACAUUCCGUCCCGCUGCCUCACUGCAGCCACCACGGCCCUGGGACAGCAGUGGAGCCAGAGGUGGCCCUCAAGCUAUGGCCUCUUCCUGCCCUGGGGCCUGGCCUCCCUUCUGGCCUGUCAUUGUCAUUCAUAGGGGAUCAGGGAUGGAGUCACCAGAACCAGUGCUGGGACAGAGGUGGGAAAGCUGUGUGAACUUUUUAAAAUAAAAACAAAAACCCCACUUGUUA